GCACAAUUACUUUCAAAAAUAAUUAUUUCUUCGCAUGCUCCUCCCUUCAAAAAGGGGCGCGCCUCGCCUUGAGCCUCGGUGCACCAUCCGCCGUUGACAACUGUGGUGUUAGCCAAACCAGUAAGAAAAAGUUUGAAUGCGAUUUCCUGUUAAGUUCACAAGCUUGGUUUUAUAUAUAGAACAAGGCAGCGGGACAUUGACGAGGAGACGGAAGAACUUGUUGGAGGCUUCUUCUUCCGAUGAGGAAGACAAGGAUGAGAUCCAAAUUUUAGAACCAGAACAAGGCAGCGGUGCAUUGUUGAGGAGACGUAAGAGGUUGAUCGAGGUUUCUUCUUCCGCCAAGGAACGCAAGGAUGCGAGCCAAAUUUCAAAACCAGAUUUGUCAGCCAAGAAGUGUGUGCCAUGCAACUCCAUAGAGAUGAGGGUCAUGACAGAACAAGCAGCACAUGAAUUGAUCUCACAGGUUCCUGAAUGGGACUUGGUAAAUGAAGGCGGAAGAUUGAGGUUAAGCCGGUCAUGGAAAGUCAAGACUUUCUUGAAAGGCUUGGAGUUCUUUCAGGCUGUUGCUAAUGUUGCUGAAGCAGAAGGUCAUCAUCCAGAUCUUCAUCUUGUUGAAUGGAACAAAGUCAAAAUUGAGAUAUGGACACAUGCUGUUGGUGGACUUACAGAAAGCGAUUUCAUUAUUGCUGCUAAGAUCGAUCGGCUCAACCUGCAUGAUCUCGUGCAUAGAAAAGCUUGCAAAUGACUAAUGGACAGAAGUACGCAAGGGCUCAAAGCCUCCAAUGUUAAUAAUUAAGUACCACAGCUCUGUGAAACUAAGUAGUCGCUCAGUCAAUGGCAAUAAUUCUGUAUGGAUAGAUAUCUUAUAUGCAGUUCAACUCAAUUUCCUUUCAUCUCAUCAUUGUGCCUAAACAUCUGUCAAACCAAUUCCAGUUUCUUUUUUCUUCUUCUCGUAAACAUUUCACAGCUAAAGAUAUGACUGGUUCGUUA